UAGCAGCCGAGCGCGAGUCGUUGCUGCCGCCGGUCUUGUUGUUGUUGUUGCCGGUCCUGUCUCCUGCUGGGUGUUCGCUCGAUCUCGCGCGCACCGGACAUGUUCGUGCUCCGGCAUGUGCGCGUGGCUCUAAUGGCCGCCGCCGCCGCCUUCGGAGCCGCCGUGUUUAUAACCAUAAACCUGUUCUACAGGAGGAGAGUGUGGGCACCGGAAAACUACUGCGCCUUUAAAGAGGAGGAAGAAGAGCGCAGACAGAGGCAGGUCCUCGUCCUCGGCUUGGACGGUGCAGGAAAGAGCAGCGUACUGCAGCAGCUAAACGGGGCGUCUAGCAAAAGAAAGUGCACCCCAACGCGUGGUUUCAACUUCAUCCGCCUCCACACUCCCGCCUGCGAAUUCGACUUUCUAGAGAUUGGAGGUGGUGAGGACUUGCGUGCGUACUGGGCCGAUUUCCUGAAAAGAGCACAUAUCUUGAUGUACGUGGUGGACGCCUCGGACACAAGACGACUCCCGCUGGCUAAAAACGAACUUCAUCGACUUCUCAGCAUCGACGCACAGCUUCCAGUUGUAAUACUGGGAAACAAACAGGACAAGUUGGACGCUGUAAGCGUGUCUAAGCUGCGUGACGCUCUCUCUCUGGGCUCCGUACCAGAUCAGAGGAAGCUCUUCCUUCUCCAGCUCAGCUCUGUGGGGGAAUCCUGCAGUCUCCAAGAACUUCAAGAUCUGCUCAUCAAAUUAGAGUCUGAUCAGAACUAGCCUGAUCUUACGGAUAAGUGUGAAGUCUCAGGAUGAAGAAGCUCGUUACAAUCAAAGGGUUUGAUAUAAUGAGGACUGUGAGGAGUGAAAGCAGGAACAUUUUAUUGUUCUCUACACAAUACUGCAAACUAUUAUAAUCUGUGUAAUCAUCUUGCGUGGUGGACUGGGAAAACCCAUCGGAUAUUGCAGUGGAUAAAUUUUGGAAAGAUUCCAAGGCUUUUAUGUUAAUAAUAUACUUUAAUGCAGUGAUUUAAAAAAAUAUAUUAUUCUUGACCUUGCUAACGGUCACAAAUAUGGAGGCUAAAAAAAAAAAAAAAACACUGGUCACAUGACUGAGACAGAGCAAUACUGGUAGAAUGACCUUCAAAUCGCUUCAUAUCGGAUUCCUGGCCAGAAAAAAGUCACACAGUCUAAUAUUUCAUUCCAGCGCCUCUAGCUUUGAUUUGAGAACCGCUCUUAACACUUGGAGUGCUGAAAUAUGGCCGUGCCAUCAGGGAAGAAAAACUCUCUAGAUGUGAUAACCUGGUCAUUUAGUACAUUCAGGUGGUCAGCUGACUUCAUUUUAUUGCCCCAUAACGUUACUGAGUCUAGACCUGAGUAACUGAUCAACCCCAGAUCAUAACACUGUCUCCAGAGGCUUGUACAGUGGACACUAUGCAUGAUGGGAGCAUCGCUUCAUGUCCUUCCCUUCUUACCCUGACACGCCCAUCACUCUGGAAUAGGCUCAGUCUGGACUCAUCAGGUCACAUGACCUUUUUCCAUCACUCCAAAGUCCGAUCUUCAUGCUCCCUAGCUCUCAAACUACAGCCUUUUUCUGAUGAGUCUUACUAACCUCUUUAUUUUUAUGGACACACAGCUGUUUAUUCCAAUCCUGCGAGUUCUCAUCACAUUGUGUGUGUGUGUGUAUGGAACUGCUCUUACUUUCACUAUUAGACAUAGGUCUGAAUUCUAAGAACAUUUUUACCAUGCGACUUCACAGUGCUAAAGUGCUUUAAGCAGUGUUGGGGCAAAAUUACUGUCAUUUAUAAGUAAUCAGUUACAUUACAGCAUUAACUUCUGAUAAAAGUAACUAGUUUGAGUACUUUUUUCGCUGCAGAAAAUUAAAACUCAUGUUGUUUUAGUCAAGACCUUUAUAAUUAUUCUACCAUCAUCACUCAGCGAAGUUUGGCCCAUAAUUUGUUAACUACUAACAGCAGGAAUAAGAAAGGGGGAAGGUUAUUGGGGCGGGGUUGUAGGACGACUUUUACACACACACACAGACACACACUAACGGAAUGACUGCUGUCUGGCUCACGGAUUACAUAAAUUGUCUAAAUAACGGAUUACAUUUUUGAAAAUAUAACUAAAUAAGUACAUAAAUGGCGGACCUAACGCGUUCGAUUACUCGUUACAUUAAAAAAGUAAUCCAGGUACUCUAAGGUGUUACUUUGUAACAAUUUACACCCAACACUGGUUUUAAGUGAUCUCCAUUCAUGAUUUUUCACCGACCACAUUUAAAUAUGUUUCAGACAGUUCUCAGCUAUAGUGUUGUUCUGAUUUUCAGGGGAUGUUUGCCUGCAUGCCCCUCCCAUCCUGGCACCACUCCUAAUUUUGCACCAUUGUCCUGCAAGUUUCCCUCUUUGGAACCUGGGUGUAAUCUGAUUUUAUGCAUAAAAAAAGACCUGUUUCAGUUCAGGGACGAUUGUACAGUAGCUACUGAUUUUGAAACUACAAUGUACAUAUAGCUAUAUUAUGGAAUCUGAAUAUUUGAAGGGUUUUCCCAAGCUGCCACACAAACACUUCCAGUUCUGCAUAGCCGUAUAUUACAUACUACAGGAUCUGCAUUUGUGGGACGCUCAUAUAUAUAUGCACGCUAUUUUUCUAGCUAGUUUUCUAGUUUAUAUGUUGCACGAAAUCUGUUUUCACAGUUGAUACCUCAGACACCUUUCUAAUCUUUACUUUUAUGUCACGAAGGAGUUGCCCUAUUGUACAAAUACCAUUUUAUUAUGUAAGCUAUAACAACUCUCGUCACACACAGUGAUGUUUACCCUUCCAUAAGCACAGUACUACUGAUUUACAGAAACGCUGCAAUAUUGACCUACUGAUAUUAUGUUAAUAUUUAACCAGCUACCAGUUUAACCAGUGGAAGCUUGAUGACUCACAUUUUGUGUGUACUGUAAGUCACGUUUACAGUGUUAUGUAUGUAUGUAUGUAUGUAUGUAUGAAUGUAUGCGUGCAUGUAUGUAUGUGUGUUAUUUAAACUUUGUGAUGUUGUAAAUAGUAAGCACUGUUUUUAAGACGUUUGUAAGUGAAUAGAAUAUAUUUUGGGAAUGCCUGGAGUGGAGUGCAGUGAUUACUGCUCAUAACAGAUGAAAAAGAAAUCUGAUAUUUAGCUCAUAAGCAGACACUGAGGUGCAGACAUGAACACUUGCUGUUUAAUGCAAUCAUGCAAUCAGCCAAUCGUGUAGCAGCUUAACACAUAAAAAUACAGAUCUGCUGGUAAUGUUCAUAUCAAUCAGUAUAAUGUGUAUCAUUCACUCACUCAUUGACUAUAUCGCUUUAUCCUGUAUACAGGGUCCAGAAGCCCAUCCCAGGAGACUUAGGGCACGAGGCGGGGUAUAAUCUGGAUGGUACGCCAAUCCAUAACAGGGCAGACACAGACAUUUACACGCUCAUUCACACACCAAUUGGGAAUGCCAAUUAGCCUAAUCAUGCCGCCCAGAAUAUUUAUGAUUUUUAGAAAAAACGUACUGAGCACUUGGGUUUCUGAGACACAACAGACUUCUGUGAAGGUUCUGGUGAUACCAUCGUAAUCUCCGGAUCUCAGUAUCAUUGGGAUGCUUUGGCGAGAUCUCAAAAAGUGUGGUUUAUGCCAGACAACCCCGGGUUUUAUUGGACCUGGAGGGUUUUUUGCGAAGAAGACGGGACGGAUUUAUAAGGAAAUAAAGGGUCCCAUUUACAACUAUUACAAAAAUACCACACAUCGAUGCUACACUCACAGGAUUAUGAACUAGGGCUAUGCAAACUUUUGGUGGGGAUUAACUAAUAACUUUCAUGAAUGUCAUAUUUUGUUAAAUGAUUGUCCUGUUCUGUGCUGGCUUUUGUUGGAUUUGAAACUCAUUAAAAACUAAAGAAAUGCG